AUCACUCUCUAUUUAAUUUCACCUUCACUCUCUCCUUUUUCUCUCUCUCUAAAACAAGAUCACAGCAAAGAAAACACAAAAAAAAGAAAAAAAGACAGAGAGCUGUUUUCUUAGCUUGAAGAUUUUUCUUUGAGCAAAUUUUGUUAGGAGAAAAAACUUUGAAUUUUUUCUUUUUUUUCUUUUUUGGUGUGAUGGGUUUGUUUAGAAUGAAAGGUUUAGAAGAUUUCAAACCAUUGAUGGCGAUGGUAGCCAUAGAUUUUGCUUUUGCCAUUGUGAAUAUUCUGCUCGAGACAGUUCUUGAUCAUGGAAUGAACCAUUUAGUUCUCAUCACUUAUCGUCUCUCCAUUGCUGCCAUUUCCUUAGCUCCAAUUGCUUACUUCUGUGAAAAAGAUGGUAGAGCCAAUCUCUCUCUUCGAAUCCUCUGUUAUCUGUUCUUCAGCGCCAUUGUUGGGGCUUCAUUAACUCAAUAUUGCUUCCUUUUGGGAAUUCAACACACUUCUGCCACUUUCGCUUGUGCAUUUGUUAACAUAGUCCCUGUUGUUACUUUUCUACUUGCUCUUCCAUUUGGGUUAGAGUCAGUGAAGUUGAAAAGCAGCAGUGGGAAAGCGAAGGUGAUCGGGACCGUGGUGUGCAUCUCCGGAGCUGUGCUAUUGACGACAUACAAAGGCCCAACAUUGGCAAAUGCUUCAUACGUUACCGCACACGUGAGUGAUGCGAAGCUAAAGAAGACAGCGGAGAGUUGGACGGUAGGGUGCAUUGCUCUAGUGGCUGGAACUCUGCUGUGGUCGUCGUGGUUUUUGUUGCAAUCAAACAUCGGAAAGAGAUAUCCAUAUCAAUACUCGAGCACCGCCAUCAUGUCCGGCUUCGGGGCAAUCCAAUCCGCCGUAUUGAGCCUCUCCACCGGCGCAAAGCUCUCUGCUUGGGCUCUAACUGGAAAGAUUCAAAUACUCACUGUCUUGUACACUGGAAUGAUUGGAUCAGGGAUAUGUUUUGUGGGAAUGUCAUGGUGCGUUAAGAAAAGAGGGCCAGUGUUCACAGCAGCAUUUAGCCCGUUGGUUCAGAUUAUGGCAGCCAUGUUCGAUAUCCCCAUCUUGCACGAGCCACUCUUUCUCGGAAGCUUGUUGGGGUCCAUCAUUGUGAUAAUUGGACUAUACAUUUUACUGUGGGGAAAGAACAAAGAGAUGGAAAGCUGUGCUUCAAAAGUGGUGGUGGAAGAGGAAAUUACUUCAACAAUUACUCCUCAUGACCAAAUGAUGAAGGAUUUACAAGAUCAACCAUAGAAAAUUAGACUUAAUUAAUUAAGUAGAUGAAAUCUCAAAUUAAAGACCUUUUCUUUUUUUCUUUUUUCUUUUUUCUUUUUUUAACAAUAUUGUUAUUCAAGAGGGGUAAAAUCAAUAGGAGAAAAAAAAGAGAUUACUUUAAUCUCAGUUAGGCUUCUAUUGUUAAUUGAAACCAAACUAUUUAGCGGAGUUAAGUGUAUAACAUUAUAAAUAUUUGAUGAAAUUAAAUAGUCUUUUUUUCAAUUAA